AUGAGUUCACCGGCGAAGAACCAGACUCGUGGGCCUUCUCCGCGUUCUCUCGCGCUCUCAUGGCCGCCUUCGCCUCCUCGAUCGGUGCCCUCUCUCCCAAAGCCCUCCGCCCAAUCCCUCUUCAUUGGGCACCACGGUGGUAUCGCUCCCGCCGUCUUCUGCCCACCACACCGAGCUCAGAAGGAUGGGAGUAGGAGAGGGGAAUUGGUGGCUGGUAGGAGGUCGAUUGAUGUGGUGAGAGGAUUGGCUGUGGCUGGGCUGGAUGGGUCUAGGGUUCCGGAUGAGGUUAAGGUUGUGAAUCCGAUCGUCGUGAUUGAUAACUAUGAUAGUUUCACCUACAAUUUAUGCCAGUAUAUUGGAGAGCUUGGAGUUCAUUUUGAGGUGUAUCGGAAUGAUGAUGUCACUGUGGAGGAAUUAAAAGGGAGAAAUCCAAGAGGGAUACUUAUUUCCCCAGGCCCUGGAACACCUCAGGAUUCUGGAAUAUCCCUGCAAACUGUUUUAGAGCUUGGACCUUCUAUACCUUUAUUUGGAGUUUGUAUGGGCUUGCAAUGCAUUGGAGAGGCUUUUGGAGGAAAGGUUGUUCGUUCUCCUUUUGGGGUGGUACAUGGGAAAAGCUCUCCUGUGUAUUAUGAUGAAAAACUUGAUGAUCAUUUGUUUUCUGGCCUGCCAAACCCUUUUACUGCAGCUAGAUAUCACAGCCUUGUGAUUGAAAAGGAUAGUUUUCCUAGUGAUGUGCUUGAGAUAACAGCUUGGACAGAAGAUGGACUGAUAAUGGCUGCCAGACAUAAGAAGUAUAAACACAUCCUGGGGGUGCAGUUCCAUCCAGAGAGCAUCAUUACCACUCAAGGCAAAGCCAUGGUCCACAACUUUAUCAAGUUAAUCGAACGACAGGAAGCCAAAGGCUCCGGCUCCGGCUCCGGCUCUGGUUCCGAGAACUUAAAAUGCUGAUGAAAAACACUCAUCCUUCCAUCCAUCUAUGAUUUUUCAAAUUCGCAAAAAAACAAUAAAGCUAUCAUUAUACAUUAUCAUCAUUUGUUCUUUGUUUCCGGUCCCCUCGGGCACCUUAAAUUUAUUAUCUGGACAUUGUAGGGCAUGCCUCAUUUGAGCUCUUAUGAUAUACCAGGUCAUAUUAUCUCA